UUGAAUUUAGAAUGUAGACAUAUAUAUAUAUAUACGUGUAGGUGGGUUGUGUUUCUUUUGUCUGCUUGUAAACAGUCACUGAGGAUCGAAACAUCUUAUAGAAAUGGACUCGUCUCUCACGGACAGAGAAGGUUAACACACCGUCACCAUUGUUCGUGUCAAAGGAACUCGGAGAUCAUGUCAGCAAUCAAGAUUGCCCUGCAGCAGAGCCAGAAGAGUAGCAGGAGGAAAACCUCUGAAGCCAUGUCAGCAGAUGUGUCGCCAGACUCCAAGUGUCCCAUCUGCUUGGACAUGUUUAACAACAUUUCGUACCUGGACCUCUGCCUGCACAAAUUCUGUUUCCGUUGUAUUCAUGAGUGGUCCAAGAACAAAGCAGAGUGCCCUUUAUGCAAACAGCCGUUUAAUUCAAUCUAUCACACUAUAAAAUCAGAGCAAGACUUUAAAAAGUAUGACUUGCAGCCAGUGAACAAUGGCUCCUUUGGUUCUUUUGGGGGGGUGCGGUUUAGAUACCGCACAACUCUCACUGGAGUCCACCGAUCGAUGAGUGGAAGGACCUCGCCACCUCCAGACAAUGGAGUAAUGUUCGAAGCCUCAACAAUCCCUCCCCAACAACCUCAGGACCGUUACGUCCGACGCAUGAUGAUGAGGCUGGCGGCCAAGCGUAAAGCUGCGAGUGAAGGUAGAGCAGUGAACAGCGUCCGAGAACAGGAAAUGGUUAACUUCAGGAGGGAGCUGUAUCGGCAAGGAGUUAGGGUCCGGACUGUUCGGGAUGGCGGCCGCUCGCGAGACACCUCAGCUGAGUUCUACAGAACAAAUCCUGCCUGCCUACAUAGACUGAUCCCCUGGGUAAAGAGAGAACUCAGUGUGCUGUAUGGGUCCCACGGUUCUUUGGUAAACAUAGUUCAGCACAUCAUCAUGUCACGCAUUACACGUUUCGACAUGGAAGAUGGAGCUAUUCAGGAAGAGCUCAGGCCAUUCAUCCAGGGGCGCACAGAGCACUUUCUGCAUGAGUUCAUCAACUUUGCAAAAUCCCCCUUCCAUUUGGAGGCAUAUGACCAGCAUGCUGUGUACGACUGCCCAGCCGCUUCCUCGAAUGAAGACAGCAGCUCCAACUCAUCUGUGAUAGCAAUUUCAGAGGACGAGGAACUCACAAUGGAUUUGGAUCCCCCGGGAGAAACCCUGUCUACUCUGAGGGACUCUGUGUGGGAUGAUGAGACUCCUGGACCUUCAUAUUCUACGACAGCAGAGCAGAGCCGGGCAGAGCAUCUGUCAGUCAUCGACUCAGACUCUGACACCAGCUUAGAGGAGGAGACACGAGAGUUUGAUGCUUCUCCACUGCAAAUGCACCCCCAUAACAAAACAGACAUGACUCGGGGUGAAGUUAACAAACAAGGGGGUUUGUCUCCUGACGACUGUGUCAUCGUAGGCUUUGUCAAGCCCACAGUAGAGAGGACUCCUGAGCUGGUUCAGCUCUCCUCAGACUCUGAUGAGUUUGACUGUGAAGAUACAGAGGAAGUGCCUCGUUUACCUCAACACAUCCGCUUCUCCAGUGCCAGUCCUCCUGCUUCGCAGAGCUGUGAUCCAAGAGGUGCUGGACAGUCAGAGAAUGUAGAAAUGGACCACAGUCAUCAGUUUGAUUCAAAAGUAAUAUGUAGCUCGCCGACAUCUAGCAGACACAAGACAUCCAGGAAGUCAGACAGAAAAGAUAGAGAUGGAGGUUCUGAUGGUAAUGAGAGGUCCAGGGAGCGACACUGUUCAAAGGACAGAGACCAGAGGAGAAGAAGGAGGUCAAGUAGUAGAGAGCGCAGGCACAACAGCGGGAGGCUGGUGAUCUCCCAGAGCAGCGUCAACACGCUCUCCAGGGGAAGAGAUUAUCCCUACAACAGCGGCAGAGACUCAAAAUUGGACUGUAGUUCUAAAAGGAGAGACAAUUAUCAGAGCGAUCAGUCUUAUAGACAUUAUGGCCAGGAGAGAAAUGACAGUGGGACGCAUUAUACAGAGAGGCGGUCUUACUAUUACAGUAGUCACAAAUACUCAGAUAGGUACACAUACUCUCGCUCCAGGAGCCACAGCAGAGACUCAGUGAGACGGGAUAGGAGGCAUUCAAGAUCUUUUUCCAGCAGUCGCUCUCCUUCAGCAAAAAGUAAAUCCCACCAUGACAAGCCUGGUGGAAAGAGAAAGUACAAAACAAGACAUUUGGAGGAGCCAUCUAAAAACACGCUUUCCAACUCUGGCUGUGAAGGAGACGCCUCCGCACCAUUAACAAAACACAAGAAAAAGAGCAAAGAGAAGCAUCGGAAAAAAUCCAAAGAGAGGUCGAGAAAGACGAGCAGGAGCUUGAGUGUUGAGCUCAUCAAUGAGGAUCACGCACACGAGCGAAGCAAACGGCAUCACAAAAAAAAGAAGAAACACAAGAAAAAAAGCAAAAAGCACAGGAGUGAUGAGCGCACGGAGAAGCGAUCGCCCACCAUCAUCACCAUUGACAGUGACAGUGAUUCUUUUGCUAAUGACGUUGGUACCCAGGCCUGCAGCACUAAUAAAGACAAUGCUAUUGACAGUAUCACAGAUGACCCAGUUGACCCCACCGCUCUGACCUCUCUGUCAUAAUUAGGUGGAAGUCGCUGUGUUUGGUGGGAGCCAAUGGAUUCACUCAUCUAUUAUGUGGUAGCAGUAUUUCAUAAACGGAGGAUAUGGGGUUUACACAUAUCAAUUUAAUACCACCACCACGUUUUGACUUCUCAUUGGACACUACAUGUGACGCACACAAAUGUGUGUUGACCUGAACGGGCACAUUGGACAAAUAUUACAUUUUUCAUUCUUGACUGUUAGCGAUCACCUAAAAUAGUGCUAUUUGAUGUGCAUGGUGCCACUUUUUUAACAAGACAUGAUGGAAUCAGAUUAGGAGUCACUUUUUCAAGUGUCAAUCCUUACUCUGGAAAUUCAUUAUCUUAAAUGCAUUGUAUUUUGAAAGUGCUCUCAGGGAUAAAUUGAAUACAGUGAUGUUUUUGGUUACAAUAAUUUGAAUAUAUCAUAUCUUCAGAAAACAAUUUCUACUUGCAGCUCAUGGAGAGCAACAAAUUAUCAUCAGAUGGUGUUAAGAUUUCUCUUUUCUAUUGUAUUUUAUUUAAAAAUAAAAUGUAAAAAGCAAA